AUGGCGUUGAGAUUGCAUUCAUCUCACAUUUUGGACGGUGAGCGAGAAGAGGAUUUUUCGGAAGACCGCGGGAGCGAUCCCAGCUCCGACGGAGAAGAAGAAGAAGAGACCUGGGACGAUUGGAUGUCGGACUCUCUCGACAAACGGCCUUGCAAGUCCCUAUUCGAAGAUCAUACAUUCGACACCGUACAGGAGGCCACCCUCAAUGACGAGACAAGGCACGGUUUCAGCUUGAAGGCGACAUCUCAAGCACUAGGCCUUGAUCACUACAAACGGAUCCGCCUGAUCAACUGGAUCCGGAAAGAGCAUCCUACACCAGCUGCGGUAGCCGCGCUCACCGGCGCGGAGGCGUUUUUCUCCUCCGAUGAAUAUCUCAAGCCCAGCAUGGAGGACGAUCCGCUCCUCCAGAUCGAGCCCGAUGAUUUGUCAGACUCAGACGACGAGGUCGAUCCCGAGACGGUAGAGCCGCCCAAAGACCUCGACACAGCCGCGCGACGCAUCAGGGCUCUCCGCAAAAAGCUGGAGCAAGCCAAGGAUGGGAUCGCCCACUAUCGCAACUUCGUCAACAAGCGCCUCGACUUGACCGGUAUCGUGGACGAAGCAAAGGCUUCCCCAAGCACGCAUGUUGGAGCCCCUCUGCGCGAUGACGACUCGCACUAUUUCCAGAGUUAUGCGCAGAACGACAUCCAUUCCGUCAUGAUCAACGACAAAGUUCGCACGGCGAGCUACGCUAAGUUCAUCUUGUCGAACCAAGAGGUAUUCAAGGACGCCAUUGUCAUGGACGUUGGAUGCGGAACCAGCAUUCUCUCGCUCUUCGCUGCCAAGGCGGGCGCGAAGCGAGUGUUCUCCGUUGACGCCAGCGACAUAGUAGAGAAGGCGAAAGAGAUCGUCGAGGCGAACAACCUUUCCGACGUCAUCACGGUGAUCCGCGGGAAGGUCGAAGACAUAAAACUCCCGGAGGGCUUCGAGAAGGUCGAUAUAAUCAUCUCGGAAUGGAUGGGGUACGGGCUGUUGUAUGAGUCCAUGCUGGAUUCGGUCCUUCAUGCCCGCGAUCGCUUCCUCCAACCCGAGGGUGUCAUGGCGCCGAGUCAAGCCCAGAUGAUGUUCGCUCUCUGCGAAGCUAGUGAGCUGUUCAAGGAACGCAUCGGCUUCUGGUCAGACGUCUACGGGUUCGAUCUUUCCGCGAUGGGCAAAAACGUCUACGAGGAAGCAAUCGUAGACGUCGUUGGCCCUCGGACCGUCGUCAGUGAGCCCGUGGUCGUGAAGGACCUCUUCCUCGGCACCAUCACGCCCAAGCAGCUGGACUUCUCGGCCCCGUUCAAGCUCGUCUCCACCUCCGAACGCCGCAUCAAAGUUCACGCCUUCGUCCUCUACUUUGACACCUUCUUCACCUCCACCGGCGAGCCCCUACCGUCCGACACUCCCGUGCACGUCAUCCAGGAAAGCGACCCGAUCCUUGCAGAGGUCUGGCCCCUCGGUGGGCGCGCGUACCAAGCGCGACGCAUGUCGACUGGCGAUCCACUCAAGGGCAAGGGCCGGCCGAAGGUGACGAGCUUCAGCACCGGACCGGCGUCGGUCCCAACGCAUUGGAAGCAGACGAUCUUCUUCUUCCGGGAGCCGGUGAGCGUCGCGGAAGGGACGGUCGUCGAGGGCGUUUUCAAGUGCCGGAAGAACGCGGACAACUCGCGCGAGCUCGACGUCGAGAUCCAUUACUCCGUGCGGGAGCCUGAAGACCCGGCGCCGUCCGGGGAACUUUUGGUGCAGAUGUACAAGGUGCGGUAG